AUGGCCUCGGAGUCGGUGAAGGUGGUGGUGCGCUGCCGCCCCAUGAACCACCGGGAGCGAGAGCUGCACUGCCAGACAGUGGUGACCGUGGACUCCGCGAGAGGCCAGUGCUUCAUCCAGAACCCGGGCGCCGCCGACGAGCCCCCCAAGCAGUUCACCUUUGACGGCGCCUACUACGUGGACCACGUCACCGAGCAGAUCUACAACGAGAUCGCUUACCCGCUGGUGGAGGGUGUCACCGAGGGCUACAAUGGCACCAUCUUUGCCUACGGCCAGACGGGCAGCGGGAAGUCCUUCACCAUGCAGGGCCUGCCGGACCCCCCCUGCCAGAGAGGCAUCAUCCCCAGGGCUUUCGAGCACGUUUUUGAGAGCGUCCAGUGUGCAGAGAAUACCAAGUUCCUGGUCCGAGCCUCCUACCUGGAGAUCUACAAUGAAGAUGUCCGUGACCUGCUGGGGACUGACACCAAGCAGAAGCUGGAGCUGAAGGAGCAUCCGGAGAAGGGCGUGUACGUGAAGGGGCUAUCCAUGCACACGGUGCACAGCGUGGCCCAGUGUGAGCGCAUCAUGGAGACAGGCUGGAAGAACCGCUCGGUGGGCUACACACUGAUGAACAAGGACUCCUCGCGCUCCCACUCCAUCUUCACCAUCAGCAUCGAGAUCUAUGCUGUGGACGAGCGGGGCAAGGACCACCUUCGUGCGGGAAAGCUGAACCUGGUGGACCUGGCCGGCAGUGAGCGGCAGUCCAAGACGGGUGCCACGGGGGAGCGGCUCAAGGAGGCCACUAAGAUCAACCUGUCGCUGUCGGCGCUGGGCAACGUCAUCUCGGCAUUGGUGGACGGACGCUGCAAACACAUCCCGUACCGGGACUCGAAGCUGACGCGGCUGCUACAAGACUCCCUGGGCGGCAACACCAAGACGCUGAUGGUGGCCUGCCUGUCACCUGCUGACAACAACUACGACGAGACCCUCAGCACUCUGCGCUACGCCAACCGGGCCAAGAACAUCAGGAACAAGCCUCACAUCAACGAGGACCCUAAGGACGCGCUCCUUCGUGAGUACCAGGAGGAGAUCAAGAAGCUCAAGGCUAUCCUGGCCCAGCAGAUGAGCCCCAGCAGCCUGUCAGCUCUGCUGGACAGCCAGGGGCCCCCAAGUCCUGCCCAGGUUGAGGAGAAGCUGUUGCCCCCACCUGUGAUCCAACAAGACACAGAGGCCGAGAAGCAGCUGAUCCGAGAGGAAUACGAAGAGCGCUUGGCCAGGCUGAAGGCCGACUACCAGGCCGAGCAGGAGUCUCGGGCCAGGCUAGAGGAGGACAUCACUGCCAUGCGCAACUCCUACGACGUCAAGCUGUCCACACUGGAAGAGAAUCUGAGGAAGGAGACAGAGGCUGUCCUGAAGGCCGAAGUCCUCUACAAGAGUGAAGUCAUGUCCAGAGCCGAGUUUGCCAACGUGACUGAGUACUCUACUUUCCAGUACCAGACAGCCGAGAGACCCGAGGUCUUCUCCAUGCCGGACACUCUGCCUAGCAGUGAUGGCUCUAGAUGUGAGGAGCUGCCCCAACUGGGGCCCACCAAGUCUGAGAUUUCUUUUGAGUCCAGUGGGUCACCGACACUCGAAGAAAAUUCUGUGUCUGAGGCCUACCCUGGUCCCCAGGAGCCCCCCAACCUGGAGUUCUCUAGGUUGUCCGAGGUGGAGUCUGAGAGCAAACACUUCUCGGAAGAGUAUCUUGGCAAGGAGGGCGAAGGAUCGUUGCCGGCGGAAGAGAACUACGUCCAGGAGGAGGAGCCACAGCAGUCACCUCUGCAGAUGUUACCGGGCCUGAGGGAUCCUUUUGCGGAGGUGGAAGCCAAGCUGGCCAGACUCUCUGCGGCUGUGGCCAGUAUCGAUGUGCCCCAGGAAGAUGUCCCCAAGGCUCCCGUGCAGGAACCCUCCCCACCAGGCCUGUGGGAGCCCAGUGAGGCCAUGUCUGAAGAAGCUGAGGUGACUGAUGACGUCCUGCCCAGCACGGACCUUGAUCAGGCCACGGAAGGGGCUUUGGAGGUGACAUUGGCUGCGGAGCCUGACGCAGAAGCUGAGGCUGAGGCCCAGAUGGCUUCGGUGGCUCAGCCUCAGCCCCAGGCCCCGCUGGCUGUGGCAGACCCAAAGAAGGAGAGUGUGGGCGUGGAGGUGGCUGUGCUGACCGAAGACCUGCUGCCUGUUGUGGACCAGCAGCAGGUGCUGGCCCGUCUGCAGCUGUUGGAGCAGCAGGUGGUGGGUGGGGAGCAGGCCAAGAACAAGGACCUGAAGGAGAAGCACCGGCGGCGGAAGCGCUACGCGGACGAACGCAAGAAGCAGCUGGUGGCCGCCCUGCAGAACUCCGACGAGGACAGCGGGGAGUGGGUGCUGCUCAAUGUCUACGACUCCAUCCAGGAGGAGGUCCGGGCCAAGAGCAAGCUGCUGGAGAAAAUGCAGAGGAAGCUUCGGGCAGCAGAGGUGGAGAUCAAGGAUCUGCAGUCGGAGUUUGAGCUGGAGAAGAUUGAUUACUUGGCCACCAUCCGUCGGCAGGAACGAGACUCCAUGUUCUUCCAACAGCUCCUGGAGCAGGUGCAGCCCCUGAUUCGCAGGGACUGUAACUACAGCAACCUGGAGAAGAUUCGUAGGGAGUCCUGCUGGGAUGAGGAUAAUGGCUUCUGGAAGAUCCCAGAGCCCUUCAUCGUAAAGACCAGCCUCCCAGUAGCAGUUCCAAUUGGGCCACAGAACAAAGCAGCCCGCAAAACCUCUGCAGUGGACAACGGGGAGCCCAAUGUGGAAGAAGACCGCUACAAGCUGAUGCUAAGUCGCAGUGACAGUGAAAAUAUCGCCAGUAACUACUUCCGACCCAAGCGGGCCAGCCAGAUCCUCAGCACGGACCUCAUGAAGAGCCUCACGCAUCACAACUCGCCACCAGGCCUCAGCUGUCCCCUCAGCAGCAACCCUGCCAUUUCGCCCACCCAGGCCUCUGAAAUGCCCCAGCCCCGGCCCUUCCGCCUCGAGUCCCUCGACAUCCCUUUCACCAAGGCCAAGCGGAAGAAAAGCAAAAGCAACUUUGGCAGUGAGCUGCUGUGA